CCGGCGCUGUCAGCCUCGCUAGUCAGUUCCCCUUUCUGUACCUGAGCUCUUCCUCAGUCCUCGGAUUAUUUCUCUCCGUGCACAGAGGCCCGGAGGCCUCGCGAGCUGAGAAGGCUCCUUUUACUUUUUUCUCCAGUUGAAUUUUUUUUUUUUACUUCUACUUUUUUGGGUGUUUUUUAAGCUGCCACUUUUUUUUUUCAAGCUCCUGUAGUCCUCGGGAAUGCUACCGUGUUUGUGUGUGUGGUCCUUGAGAGCCGCGGUGGAGAGGCGCUGGUGACAUGCAUGUCCUCAAGACAUGUGCAGCCUGCACCAUGGGAUUGGGAAUCCUCUUUGUAACGGUCUUCGUGCUCUCAGAUGCUGCUCUCCUGAAGAGACAAGCUUAUUUCAAUAGGACUGCGUACCUGCCAUGCCCAUUUACAAAGGCUCAAAAUAGAAGCCAGAGUGAGUUGGUCAUAUUUUGGCAGGACCAGAAAAAGUUGGUUCUGUAUGAGCACUUUCUGGGCAAAGAGAAACUCGAUAACGUGGAUGGCAAGUAUCGGGGCCGCACAAGCUUUGACGGAGAUAACUGGACUCUACGACUUCACAACGUUCAGAUCAAGGACACGGGCUCAUAUGAUUGUUUCAUACAAGAGAAAACAAGCAAAGGUUCGGUUAUCCUCCAGCAGACAGAUACGGAGCUGUCAGUGACCGCUAACUUCAGUGAACCUGAAAUAGAGUCGGUUCCAAAUAUAACAAGAAAUUCUGGCAUAAAUUUGACCUGCUGGUCUAAGCAAGGUUAUCCAAAACCUAUAAAGAUGUAUUUUUGGAUAACUAAUUCAACUAAUGAGCAUGAUGAGGACAUGCAGAUAUCGCAAGACAAUGUCACAGAGCUGUUCAGCAUUUCUGUGAGCCUAUCUAUGCCAUUCCCCGAUGAUGUGUUCAAUGUGACCGCCUUGUGUGUUCUGGAAACUGCGUCUGUGAAGAUUGUCUCCAGACCUCACUAUAUAGUUCUUCCAGAGCCCCAAACUGAUCAAAAGGAAAACUCGUCCUGGAUUUUAGGUGCCGUUGCAAUUGUCUUUAUUUCGGUCUUCUUUGGAUUGCUGCUGCUGCUCCUGGUAAAAAAAUGCCUGAGGAAGCAGGAACAGCCUGGCAUCUCUUAGAAAGAAAUCAAAAUGGAGAAUGAAGAGUGUGAGAGAUUGGAGAAAGAAUAAAAAUCUCUGUGCCUGAAGUAAGAAGUCCGGCAUUGUUCACAAUCCAAAAACAUCCUCAGAUGACCAGAGAACUAUACUUGAUUAAAGAACAAAAUUCUGAAUGGUGUCCAUAUCUCAUCCUCUUUCCUUUCCAAGCUUUUGGGCAACCUCUCUGAUUUCCUAGAAGACAAGAUAAUGUAAUUAUUAGGGUAGGUGGUGCUCGACGACUCCCUCUAGGUGAAACAGUUCCUUACCCUGACAGCUCUGUUCCCUGUGCAGGAGCAGACACUAAUUCUCAGUCUGCUUUGUCUGACUCAGUUCACACUCAGGUCUAGGGCACUGAAAUGGCUCCUUGAUGGGAAAUAAUAUUUUGGAUCAGCCUCUCCUACUUUAGAUCAUAUCCCUCUCCUAAUUUGGCAUAGCGUGUUUUUAUAUGGAACUCCUUGUUGUAGGAAUACUGACUUUUAUCUCUCUUGAAUUCUAAAGUGAUGGCUCACUCCAUCCUGUAUCCUUGGGCCUGAACAACUACCUCUUCAGUCAGGAUGGGAGUGGUGUAUUUGAUGAUGCUGUCUGAUGUGGUCCUGUUAAUAUCUUAAAAUAGAAAAGACCAUAUACCAUAGUAGCAUAAUUACUAUGCUCUAGAGAAAGACCCGCCACUUAUAAGGAACGCUUGCCCCUCUGUCCGGAUCAGUAAUGAAUACGAUGACCAAAGUAAUGCACAGGUAACAGCUAGCACUGAAUUCUCAAUGCCGGGAGAUCGAGAAACACAGUGAUGGAACAAUCCCUGGAUCCAGGAGCCACUUCCGUCUUGGCUGCUGCUGAUAUUGAGAGAAUCCACCUAACCAGCCAGCAAUUAACAAGCUUUCGCCGGCAGCACCGAAGAAAGCAAGACAUCCUAGAGGCCUUGAGGCCCAUUUCUCCUCUUGAGAAAAACGGGAUGCUGGCAAUGGUCUGUGGACAGCUGUUCAAGGAUAAGACAGUAAAACACUCAAAACAAGGGGAAAUCAAUUGAGUCCGACCAACAGUUCUCAGAGAAGGAUUGACUGAUCUCCCAAUCCUUGGCCAAGUCAAGAAGCCAGGGAUGGAUGAUAUGUCCCAAUGGAUGUAGAUAGCAAUUGCCUUGGUGGUCAACAGGUGUCUUGAUGAUCCCCAUGUUUCAUCCAGCUGGACACAGAGUUCAGGAGAAGAGCAGUCACUAUGAUGGCAUGAGGGAGGAAGUCUAAGACUCUUUCAGCUCAUGGGUUAGUAGAGUUAGGAAAAGCAGAAAACACAACACUCCGAGGCUACCUUAGUCUGCCGAUGUCCCAGCGGGCAUGGAUUGGCCCUUCAAAGGAGGACUUUGGGAAGACCGAGCAGCAAAAAUCGCUCUUUGUAUUCUACAUAAGGGCCCUGGAGGGUUGUAGACCGUUCUGCUAGUAAGGCUCAGGCUGUCAUGUUUCCAUUCAUACAUCUCGCCCCUGCCUGUGCAGACUGUUAGGAUUUGGCUGGUUGCUAACAUGUUCUGUACAGAGCAGAUUCCAAUAAAGUUUUCUUGCAUUUA